CUGCAGAGGACUUUCAACAAUGAUAAGGGAAAUUGAAUCUGACUUAGGGGGCUGGAGAGAUGGAUCAGUGGUUAAGAACACUUACUGCACUUAGACACACAGUUACUGCACAGCUUCUGUUAACACACAGACUCACAGCUGCUCUGGGUCAGGAAUGUGUGGAUUUGUGAUGCCUCUGAUUCAGACUUUUGCCAAGCUGUGAUGAAGAUGUCAUCCAGGACUGCAGUCAUCUCUAGACAUAACCAAAGGAGCAUUCAAGCGCAUUCAUGUGGUUGCUAACCGGAUUCAGGGCCUUGUGGGUUCUUGGUGUGAGAACCUCAGUUAAUCACUAAUUGCUGCCCUGGGACUGCCCUUAUUUCUUUGUGGUGUGAGUCUCUACACAGAAGACCUUGCCACAUAAUAGCUGGUUUUCCUUUGAGUGGAUAAGCAAGAGACAGUGAGUAGGAUGGAAGUCACAGUUUAAUCCCAGGAGGAAAAUCUCAUCCAUCCUUUUUAUUAGCCCAGACUGGCUUCAAGCUCAAUAUACAACUGAGGAUGGCUUUGACCUUCCAAAUGCUAGGAUUACAGCUUACAUAUGAGCAUGAGUCUUCUCAUGAUAAGUGAGAAUGUAAAAUUGGCUCGUGAGUAUGCCUUGCUGGGUAACUAUGACUCUGCGAUGGUCUAUUAUCAGGGAGUUCUUGACCAAAUGAACAAGUAUCUGUAUUCAGUCAAAGAUACAUACCUCCAGCAGAAAUGGCAGCAGGUUUGGCAGGAAAUAAAUGUGGAAGCUAAGCAUGUUAAGGACAUCAUGAAAACACUGGAGAGCUUUAAACUGGACAGCACUCCUCUAAAAGCUGCGCAGCAUGAGCUUCCGGCUUCUGAGGGAGAAGUGUGGUCCUUGCCUGUACCUGUUGAGCGAAGACCCUCACCAGGACCUAGGAAGCGCCAGUCUUCUCAGCACAAUGACCCUAAAGCACAUAGUACCCGCCCAGGCGCAAUCGUCAGAGCUCACCGUCCGUCCGCUCAGCAUCUUCACAGUGACAGAGGGAAAGCUGUUCGUAGUCGGGAAAAGAAAGAGCAGAAUAAAGGAAGAGAGGAAAAGAACAAAUCACCUGCUGCAGUUACAGAACCAGAGGCACAUAAAUUUGACAGCACUGGAUACGACAAGGACUUGGUAGAAGCUUUGGAAAGAGAUAUAAUUUCUCAGAAUCCCAACGUUCGGUGGGAUGAUAUUGCUGAUUUAGUAGAAGCUAAAAAGUUGCUUAAGGAAGCAGUGGUGUUACCAAUGUGGAUGCCAGAAUUCUUUAAGGGCAUAAGGAGACCAUGGAAAGGAGUACUGAUGGUUGGCCCACCUGGCACUGGAAAAACACUCCUUGCUAAAGCAGUUGCUACAGAGUGCAAGACAACAUUCUUCAACGUCUCUUCAUCAACGCUGACUUCCAAAUACAGAGGAGAGUCUGAGAAGCUUGUCCGUCUUCUGUUUGAAAUGGCUCGGUUUUACUCUCCAGCUACCAUAUUUAUUGAUGAGAUAGAUUCCAUUUGUAGUCGCCGAGGGACUUCUGAAGAGCAUGAAGCAAGCCGAAGGGUGAAAGCCGAGCUGCUGGUUCAAAUGGAUGGUGUUGGAGGCGCCUCAGAAAACGAUGACCCUUCCAAGAUGGUUAUGGUUCUGGCAGCUACUAAUUUCCCCUGGGAUAUAGAUGAGGCUUUAAGGCGGCGUCUUGAGAAAAGGAUCUACAUUCCUUUGCCGUCAGCAAAAGGUAGGGAAGAACUGUUAAGAAUAAGUCUUCGAGAGCUGGAAUUGGCUGAUGAUGUUAACCUUGCAAGCAUAGCAGAAAACAUGGAAGGUUACUCAGGUGCGGACAUUACCAAUGUAUGCAGGGACGCAUCCUUGAUGGCCAUGAGGAGGCGUAUUGAGGGUCUAACUCCAGAAGAAAUCCGAAACCUUUCCAGAGAAGAAAUGCAUAUGCCUACCACCAUGGAGGAUUUUGAAAUGGCUUUAAAGAAAGUUUCUAAGUCGGUAUCAGCUGCAGAUAUUGAAAGAUAUGAGAAAUGGAUAGUUGAGUUUGGAUCAUGCUAGUUAACUUCUCACAUGUAAACUCUCAGAAAUCUGCCUUAAGUCUUUGAAAAAUAAGUAAAUGUAAUAUUUCAUUGCACUGAGUGCUAUAUUUUUUUAAACUUUCAUAAUGGUGUGAUUUUUAAACUUUUUUGGGUUCUGAAUAAAGGCAAUGUUUUUAAGCUGCA